UAAAAAAAAACGUCAGACAAAAGUAAAAAAGUGCAGUGAAAAACUUAUCGGCAUCCGAGAAAAAAUAAAAUUAAUCCCUGCAAUACCGCGUCAAACUGUAUCAAAAGUAGUGCAAAAGCUAGCUCUUCCGCCGAGGCAUCCAGUGCAACAGUUAGCUGCCCCCAAAAAUUGAAAAUCGUAGCGAAAAACGCAAAAAUCGGAAGGGGUGCGUCGCCGUCGAAAAGCUGGUGGAAUUUUCAUUUUCGUGUCUGUCGUGUCUGUGCUUUUGUUAAGCGGGUGGAAAGGGGGAGUCUUUCUUCUUCUUGUUCUUCAGUGGGUGGCCGACAUCCGAAUCAAAACAAAAACAGACUUUUUCGGAGCUGAGCCGACGAGGAUGUGUUUAUUUUUUUCGAUUCGUCGGCGAAUUUAAUCGCGAUGCUACGCUAAUUUUGUUGUUAGACGCUCUCGCGUGCGCGGUCGCAUAACAGCACUUUUCUUCAAUUGGAUUCAAUUUGUUUCAAUUAGGUCUCGGCGCGGAGGCCGGACCUCGCAAAGAACUACUCUGCGACUGUUUCCAACGAAAAUAGCUUUUGGUUAGAAAUCGAUUUCACACACAGAGCGGAAGCAGAAUGUUUGGUCGAACGGAAACCAAGAAAGAUAGCUUCCUGGAGCAAACGAAAGCCGCCCGGGAGGAACGGGCCAACGAGCGGGCUUUGGAGGAGAAACGGGACAAAUCGAUCGUAUUGCUGCAAAGGAACAUUCGCGGCUGGCUGGCGAGGACACAGUUCCGGAGGUUGAUUUUGGAAGAAUUCGACACGCUCAUGCCGCCUGUUGCGAAUCCUACAAAAGACAUCGAAUUGAAACCCUGCCUGCAAGUGUAUCAUGCGGCCUCACAUUUCAUUCUGCAGUGGAAGACUGAUUCCCCGGAGGACUCAACCAAUUAUGAGCGGUUGGAGCGUCUCUGUCGGUACCUGACUGCUAGUCUAGAAUCUGAUUCGCCCAAAACUAGUUACAUCGGCGUAGCGCUGAACAAAGAUUACAGUCUCGCCUGGAUAAGACACAUCAAGAAGCUUCUGUAUCGCUGCUGUAUGGCCAUGGAUAAACUACGACCGGAAGCGCACAGCGAUAGCAUAUCAUUAGCCUUAUAUCUGCACACUUUAGUAGCGUUUACCUCGACGAACAGUUGGGUUUUACUGAGGAACAAAUCACUAGCUGGACUGAAGCCAGGCAUGCUUCAACUCUGCAGUAACAUUAUGGGUGAUUUAGUACAAAAAGGUUUCUACCUGAACCUGAGAAGUGUGCUGGUUAAAGGAACCUGUCGAACGGUCAUCACGCUGAAACCAAUAUCCUUGACGGCCAUAAUGACCUUGGCUAUUCGACCACUAAUAUCCAGUAACUUCAGUGAAAAUCUGAUGUCCCAGUUCCUAGUUCAGAUUCUCUCCGUUCCUGGAAUCACCUUCCAGCUGGAACAGUUUUCCCAAGAGUGUCUUACCAAUCUACAAUCGCAUCAUAUCCUCGAAAAGUCUUUAGAUCUCCUCAGCACCGAAUCCACGAUGAAGUACGUAAUCAACACGCUUCAGAACUCGUACCUCCUCUCCUUACUAUCCAAUAUCGUGCACCUGUACUACCUUGAACCCCCAGAAAAUGCCUCGAAGCUAGCGUACCCCACCUUCACGUUCGUCGUGACGCAGCUCCUCAGCGGGAUCCUGCAAAGCGUUGGGCAAUCGGCCGGAACCUUCACGCAGUGGCACGAACUUCUCGGUUGGUUUACUCCCGGCAAGGAGCGCCUCCAGAACGAAAACCUUCCACUGAUCAAGAAACAGAUCCACCUGCUGUGGAACCAUCGGAUCGUGAAGCUCCUCCUCGGGGAAAACCUCAAAGAGCUGGCCGUGGGAUACGAAACGAUCGAGUACAACAUCCCGAGCGGAAAUAGCACCGGAAAUUUGUUGAAACGAGCGCUGACUUUCGAAAGGAACUCUAUCAAGACGGGUCCAGGAGAGAAGAAGACUAGCAAGUCGUUCCGCAAGAUCGGUUCGGCUGAAAUGUCCCGUGUGGCUCUGACUUGUGCGUUGUACCAUGCGGCGCUGAAUGCACUCUCGCAGCUGAGGUUGGAUAUUUUGUCUGGCCUGUGUUACAACGACACCGUACUCCACGAUCUGUGGCUAUUACUCGGAUCACUAGGUCCCACUUGUGGCCUGAAAGGGUUCAUCGAACUCUUGCAAAUCAACCAACCAAACUACGAGCCGCCUUUGCUGCUGCUGUCUUUGUUCUGCGACUGCAUGACCCAUUACGUCACAAUUCUGGACGAUCUGGAGAUGUACGAACAGCAGAAUCCCUUCACCAUCAACGAUUACAUUGCCCUGUCGCACUUUCUCAACACAUUCCUCUAUCGAACGAUUCAGGAUCAGAUUUUCGACAUCAAAACCGUAACCAGUGCCCCGCUGUUCGUGUCCACGCACACGCUGCUGCUGUGUCUGUACCGACGUGAUUGCCGGAGAUCGUUCGCCCCCCAGAACCAUUGGCUCAUUCGCGACAUCCGACCGUCACAUUUCCUAACCGAUCUGGAAAAAGGCAAGAAGCACACCCAAAUCCUGCUGCAGAAGAUGCCACACAUCAUACCGCAUGAAGAUCGUGUUCAGCUGUUUCGAAAGUUUGUCCAGAACGAAAAGGCAGUGCUCGGAUUAACGGAGUCGGCGUGUGCUUCGCCUAGUUCCGCGCUGGUCACGGUUCAUCGCGAUCGGAUAGUGGAAGAUGGCUAUCGGCAACUAGCGGCUCUUCCUCCUCACGCUCUAAAAGGUGUAAUCCGGGUAAGGUUCGUGAACCAGCAAGGUCUGGACGAAGCCGGUAUCGAUCAGGAUGGAGUGUUCAAAGAAUUCCUCGAGGAGACGAUCAAGCGAGUGUUCGAUCCAUCGUUGAAUCUGUUCAAGACGACCACAGAGCAAAGACUGUACCCGUCGCCAACGUCGCACAUGCAAGAAAAUCACCUGCAGCUGUUCGAGUUUGUCGGGAGGAUGCUCGGCAAAGCGGUCUACGAAGGAAUUGUGGUGGAUGUCCCGUUUGCUUCGUUCUUUUUGUCGCAAGUUCUCGGUCAAACGAAUCAGGCGCUGUACAGCUGCAUGGACGAGUUGCCGUCGCUGGAUAAGGAACUGUAUCGGAGUUUAACCUUCAUCAAGCACUACCAUGGGGAUGUGGCCGAUUUGGAUCUCACGUUCAGCGUGGACGAAGAUGUGAUGGGGAAGAUUGUGACGCAUGAGCUGUAUCCCGGGGGGAAAGCAAGAGCUGUGAACAACGAUAACAAGAUCAACUACAUCCACUACAUGGCGUACUUCCGCAUGCAUACGCAGAUACGUGACCAAACGGCUGCCUUCAUACGGGGCUUCCGCAGCAUAGUCAAUCCCGAUUGGUUGGCUCUGUUUUCCACUCCGGAGCUACAACGACUGAUUUCCGGCGACACGGCACCACUAGAUCUUAAGGACCUGCGGAAGCACACCCAGUAUUAUGGGGGAUUCCACGAUGGCCAUCGCGUCGUCGGGUGGCUGUGGGAUAUUCUUGCCAAAGAUUUUAGCGAAGAGGAGAAGAAACUGUUCCUUAAGUUUGUGACCAGCUGUUCCAAGCCUCCCCUGUUGGGCUUUGCGCAUCUCGAACCGCCCUUUUCCAUCCGUUGCGUUGAGGUGGGUGACGACGAGGACAUAGGCGACACCGUGGGUUCGGUAAUUCGUGGAUUUUUUACCAUCCGCAAAAAAGAUCCCCUCAAUCGGCUGCCGACCUCGUCGACCUGUUUCAACCUGCUGAAGCUACCCAACUAUCAGAAGAAAAGCAUGCUUCGGGACAAAUUACGCUACGCUAUCUCCAGCAAUACGGGCUUCGAACUGUCGUAAGUCUGCUUCGACGGGAUGUUUAGUAGAGGUGGAGUAAAAAUGCAAAUUAAACCGUACUCGUUUUGGAAUUUAUGUCGAUAAAAGUAGGUAUAUAUUUUUUAAAAGUGAAGAUGUUAUUUUUCUAUACAUUUGUACAAAAAGCAAAUAGAUAAUACCCCGUAUGGAAGUCCUUCUGAGUAGUGCGAUCGAUGUUCUUCAAACGUAUAAUCUUGAAAAGCAUAUUUUUUCUAUUCUGUGGUACAAUGUAACAUUACGUAGAAGAGCAGAGGACCUUCGCUAUUCAAGUGGAACAACCUAGAGUGCCUGUAAACAAGAGUGACGUCAUGUUCCAGUUUUGACAGGUCUCCUGCUCGAUUGGAACGCGGAUUUGUAUGGAAAUGACAGUUCGCCGCUGUUCCAAUUUUGACAUUGACGCCACUCUUAUCUAGAUCCACUCUGGAACAACCCAGAAGAUAAAAGGAUGAUGUAAUAACUGUGAUAGUAAAACUAGUAGUAUAAGCGAUAGACAGACUACGAUUGAAAAGAUGCAAAACCGACUACCAAUUCUUCCAAGCUGAUUCACACAAAGCCCUCAAGUUUGUUUAAGGUUGUUGAUACAGAUCACAAGCACAUUACAGUCCCGGGAGCGUUACAUUAUUUGCGUAGCAAUUAGCUUGUACGCGUACACCUUCCUCAUACGCCUGCAUCGGUUUGCGGAAUCGAUGCUUUUCGAUGUUUAGUGUCAAUCCACGUGUACAAUAUUUUGUAUUUCGUUUUAACCCGUUCAAAUUUUACAAAUAUAGUCGAUCAAAUCAAGGUUGCGCCCAAAUCGGGUCUGGAAGAGCUUAAUAAAAAGUUUGGUCGUAGUUUUGAGUGGCAAUAGCUGAUCGAGGUUGAUCUUUUAGGUGCGCAUGUACAUUACAUCUAUCGAUCGUGACUUUAUAGUUCUGUGUCAAUGUUGUGUAGUGAGCAUACUUAUAAUCCCGUAGAAAAGUGUAAAUUGUUCAACGCAAACGGCGUAGUAAUUGUCAGUGACUACAGCAAAAGUUAAUAAAAUGUAAAAGUAUUA